GGGCCAGUCAAAUCUGAACUGUUGGCAAGUGACUAGUGAGUCAUGUGGUAGCAAACAUCGAGCAUAGAUAAAAGUAACUGGGAGGCUGUGUGCCUAGAGAUAAGGAGGGAAAUAGGUGGAAUUGGCUUUGUGGUAUGCUCUUACCAUAAGCCCACAUUUUAUGGACUCACUCAUUUAAAGAAGACAAACAGCAUUACUUAUUUUGUGCCAAUCAGAUCCUCCACAUAGGAAUUACCCCACAUACAUAGCUGAAUCUGAGAAGUGAAGUGGGAAGGAAACAGCGACAUGAGAGGAAGCUGGGUGAAGAGGUGUCAUCAAGAGAGAGAAGAAACAUAAAGCAGGAUAAGCAGCAUGCAGGCACUCGAGAUGGAGCACCAGGAAAUGGUUUCUGCAAAGAGGUAUUUCAAAGUUUAGGCAAAAUAAACAACUAUGCGCACUUGGAAAGUGUGGAUGAUCUACAUAGCCUUGGCUGCACACCUCCCUGAAGAACAAGCCCUGAGACAGGCCUGUCUUUCAUGUGAUGCCACUCAGUCUUGCAACUGCUCUUCCAUGGGUUUGGACUUCAUUCCCUCGGGGCUCACGGGCAAAAUUACGGCGUUAAACCUGGCCCACAACAGGAUAAAACUGAUCCGGGCACAUGAUCUGCAGCAGGCUGUGAACCUGAGAGCCCUGCUGCUGCAGUCCAACCAAAUCAGCUCCAUAGACGAGGACUCGUUUGCCUCCCAGGGGAAACUGGAGCUCUUGGACCUGUCAAAUAACAGCCUGGCUCGCUUGUCCCCGGCGUGGUUUGGGCCCCUUUUUUCGCUCCAGCACCUCCGCAUUCAAGGCAAUUCCUACAGCGACCUGGGAGAAAGUUCCCCCUUUUCCAGCCUGAGAAACUUGAACUCCCUCCACCUGGGCAAUCCACAGUUCUCCGUCAUCAGGCAAGGAAACUUUGAGGGCAUUACAUUUCUCAGCACGCUGAAGAUCGACGGAGGCAAUCUCAGUCAGUAUGAACCUGGAAGUCUGAAAUCGAUUAGGAAGAUAAAUCACAUGAUCAUAAGCGUAAGAAGGAUUGAUGUAUUCUCAGCAGUCAUCAGGGACCUUCUGCACUCUGCCAUUUGGUUAGAUGUAAGAAAACUAGCAUUCAGUGCUCCUGAAAAAAUACAAUUUUUGAGAAUUAUGUCUUCCUCUUUCACAAAGAAAAUAUCUUUAAAACAGUGCUUAUUUACAGAUGCUACUGUACCUGGAAUUGUCAGCAUUUUAGAAGGCAUGCCAAAAUUAAUGGAAGUGGAAAUGAAAGACUGUACACUCUUGGGCACUGGACUGUGGUAUACACAAAUUCAUGCAAAGCAGUCACAAUCUCUGAGGGUUCUGACAAUAAAAAAUUUAUCUAUAGAAAAAUUUUAUUUGUUUACAGAUCUUCAGUCGGUACUAGAUCUACUAUCUCUUUUUAGGAAAGUCACAGUUGAAAAUACCAAGGUGUUUCUGGUACCAUGCAAACUUUCACAACAACUUCUCUCAUUGGAGUAUCUUGACCUUAGUGCAAAUUUACUUGGAGAUCAGAGUUUGGAGCAUUCAGCCUGUCAGGGUGCAUGGCCAUCAUUACAAACUCUAAAUCUAAGUCAGAACUCACUGAGUGACUUAAAAAUGACAGGUAAAAGCUUGUUUCAUCUAAGAAAGCUAAAUCUUUUAGACAUCAGUGAAAAUAAUUUUGGUGAGAUUCCAGAUGUGUGUGAAUGGCCUGAAAACCUGAAAUACCUGAAUCUCUCCAGCACUCAAAUUCCCAAAUUAACACGUUGCAUUCCCUCAACUCUUGAAGUGCUGGACGUUAGUGCUAACAACCUGCAGGAUUUUGGUCUGGAACUGCCACUUCUCAAGGAGCUGUACCUGACAAAAAACCAUCUGAAGACCUUGCCCGAAGCUGCAGCCAUUCCUAACUUAGUGGCCAUGUCGAUCAGCAGAAACAAUCUCAACAGCUUCUCCAAGAAAGAGUUUGCGUCCUUCAAGCAAAUGGAGCUGCUGGAUGCUAGCGCCAAUAACUUUAUUUGCUCCUGCGAAUUCCUCUCCUUCAUUCAGCAUGAGGCAGGGAUAACCCAGGUGCUUGUGGGGUGGCCAGAAAGCUACAUCUGCGACUCUCCGCUGGCGGUGCGAGGGGCACAGGUUGGGAGCGUGAGUCUGUCGCUGAUGGAGUGCCACCGGUCCUUCCUAGUGUCUUUGAUCUGCAUUCUGAUGUUCCUGUUCAUCCUCGUCCUGGUGGUCAUUGGGUACAAGUACCAUGCGGUCUGGUACAUGAGAAUGACCUGGGCAUGGCUCCAAGCCAAGCGGAAGCCCAAGCGAGCCCCCACGAAAGACAUCUGCUACGACGCUUUUGUCUCCUACAGUGAGAACGACUCCAACUGGGUGGAAAACAUCAUGGUGCAGCAGCUGGAGCAGGCGUGUCCACCCUUUAGGCUAUGCCUCCAUAAGCGGGACUUUGUGCCCGGGAAGUGGAUUGUGGACAACAUCAUCGACUCCAUUGAGAAGAGCCACAAGACGCUCUUUGUGCUAUCAGAGCACUUUGUGCAGAGCGAGUGGUGCAAGUACGAGCUGGAUUUCUCGCACUUUCGCCUCUUUGACGAGAACAACGAUGCAGCGAUCCUCAUCCUGCUGGAGCCCAUUCAGAGCCAGGCGAUCCCCAAGAGGUUCUGCAAACUGCGGAAGAUAAUGAACACCAAGACCUACCUGGAGUGGCCUCCUGAUGAAGAGCAACAGCAGAUGUUUUGGGAGAACUUGAAAGCAGCUCUAAAAUCCUAGAUAGGAUCAUUAAAAACUGAGUCUCUAGCCAUCCUCUACUGGAUUUAUUUCCAUUGCCUUUUUGUCCCUUUAUCUAGCUGAAUCUAUCCAACAGAGAUCUGAGCUACUGUAAUUGCUGUUACUUGCUUUGAAAUUAUACUAUUCUUGUCUCCGUGAUCAUGAUCUUUUCUAAGCAUUUUAAUCAGCAGUCUUACGAAAAGCAGUUUUGUUUAAAGAUUUGCUGUUGAAAAGUUUUUUAGAUACACAACUGUAUAUUUUAUCUAUUUUAUAUAGCUUUAUCUUUGCAAAAGCUUUACACGAGAGCCUGCUUAGCCUAGGUUUAACCAC